CUUCUAGGCAAAGAUAGUGAUGAUAUUGAUAUUGCUCUCGACAACAUGUUGGGAAGAGAAUUUUGUGAAAAAGUCAAUGGGUACUUGUCGUCUAAUGGAGAAGAAACACAUGGAAUUGGCGUCAUCCAAUGGUACACACCUUAUUCCUCUCUUUUGCAUUGCAACAAAAUAAUAUAA